GAUCUUCGCGACAAGCGGAUGCUGACAGAAGCAGCGAAGUGAAACAGAUUUAAAGGAAAUUGCUGUAUCGCGGAGUAAGAGUAACGUUUCGUAUACAUUAGUGUGACAUUCAAAGAGACUAGAAUUAAUUUGCGACUGUACGAAAAAGAGGAAUGUGUUCUCUAUCGUGCUGGAAUAACUAAUUAAAUCCGCGAUAAGGGGAACCCCACUGUAUGUUGAAAACUAUUUGACGGAGCAACUUGAAGUUCUGUGGACAUAUUCGAUAGAUAGGCAUAGUUCCCGUCCGAACUAUCGAGUUAAUAUCUGCAAAGUUCAGUGACCCAUCGACAGGAUAUGAAAAGAGACAAAGGAGUGCUUAAAGGAGAAAGACGAAUUAAAUGCCAAUCGUUAACCGAGAGUCGAGUUGUGAGGAGUUAAUUAUUUGCGAGUCGAAAGAAAGUUGCCGAAUUGUUAUGAGUUGUAAACUAUUAGUUAUUGCCGAACUUUGUCCUCUAUCGUCGAGAGAUUGAAUAACGAUAAGAUAAAAUGGCAUUUGAAAUUUUAUGCUACGUGACAGUGGUGUUCAUUGCGCUGUAUUAUUAUUUUACGGCAAAAUUCAACUUUUGGAAGGAUCGUUCAGUUCGAGGUCCAAAACCUAUACCAGUGUUUGGCAAUAUCUUCUGGCCGAUGAUUGGCAAGAUAUCGAUUGCAGAAUACUUGCAGAAGCUGCAUAACGAAUAUAAAGACGAACCCAUGAUCGGGUUAUUCGUACGAAGAACACCUCAUCUUGUUAUACAGGACCCUGAGCUUAUUAAAGACGUUCUUAUCAAAGACUUUUCUAAAUUCGCGAAUCGCGGAUUCUUGAAGCAAGAAAUAGCGGAACCACUCUCCCAGCACCUCUUCUCUUUAGAAGUAGAAAGAUGGAGGCCAUUAAGAAUGCAACUUUCCCCGGUAUUUACGUCUGGCAAACUCAAAGGAAUCUUCUCUCUGAUUUUCGAAUGUGCUAAACGUAUCGAGAGCUAUUUAGAUAUAUUGAUAGCGAAAGGAGAGCCUAUCGAGGUGCGAGAACUUGCGGCCAAGUAUACUACCGACGUAAUAGGCAGCUGUGCCUUUGGGAUUGAGAUGAAUUCGUUGUCGGAUAAGGAAAGCGAAUUUCGCCGAAUGGGCAAAGAAAUCUUUGCUACACACUGGAAGGCGGUCCUGAAAUUCAGGAUGAAAGAGUGCAUGGGAGAGUUGUACGAUUUACUUGGUUAUAUCCUUCCGGCGGACAAAGUGAACGUAUUCAUUGAGAGGAUCACCAUCGAAACGUUGAACUACAGGAAAGAGCACAACAUCGUUAGGCAGGAUUUCAUGAAUACGUUGUUGGAACUUCGGAACAACCCCGAAAAAAUAAAGGAUAUUAAAUUAACGGACACUUUGCUCGCUGCACAAGCAUUCGUAUUCUUCGCGGCAGGUUUUGAAACUUCAUCGAUGACGAUCAGCAACGCUCUGUACGAGUUGGCUCUGAAUCAAGAGCUACAAAAGAAACUGCGAGAAGAAAUAAAAGAAUUCGAUACGAAAAAUUCCGGGGAUUGGAAAUACGAGACUAUAAAGCAGAUGACAUAUUUGGACAAAGUAUUUAAAGAGACAUUAAGGAAAUAUCCACCUUUGGCAUUCAUAUCCAGAGAGACAACGGACAAUUAUACUUUCUCGAACACGAAAGUAUCGCUAGAAAAAUGCAUGAGAGUCUGGAUACCGGUAUUUUCUAUUCACAGGGAUCCAAAUAUCUAUUCAGACCCAGAUAAGUUUGAUCCUGAGAGAUUUUCCAAGGAAGCAGUAGAUGCGAGGCAUCCUAUGCACUAUUUGCCCUUUGGCCAUGGUCCAAGGAAUUGUAUUGGUGCACGUUUCGCAAUUUACCAAACGAAGAUUGGAUUAAUUAAGAUUCUGCAUAAUUACGAGGUGCACGUUUGUGAGAAGACACCGAUUCCAUACGAGUUAAACCCCUUUGCAUUUAUAAUAUGCCCGAAAGGAGGAUUAUAUUUAAAAAUAAUUAAAAGCAAAAAUUAAUUUACUAAUUCUCGAAUUAAUUUUCUAUCUAUAUAAGAGAGCAAUACAGAAUGUUCAUGUGUUGCAUGUACCUGGUAUGUAAAUAUGUAUAUGAUAUUCUUUCUAGUAGUUCGUUUAUGUAAUAUCAUAGAAAUAUAUACGUAUAUAAUAAAUAUAUAUAAACAGUGAA